ACCGGAAGUACACUGGCUAGGGAGAACAUCCGGCUGCCACUCUAGGCGAUGGGGAAAAGGGGCGUUAUCUAUGGUGUUCGCGCGCUUUGUGAUGUUUUAUUGUGUCGCGGGGAUUCGGUGGCCUCGAGACCCGGAACAGCUCUGUAGAUAGAGGAGACGACGUAGAACGACGGCAGCAACCGGGUUGCGCGGGGGCGUGAGCCCAUAGGAUUCCGGUGAAGAGGAAGGAGGAGUGGAGAGGAAACACCGGCAAAUCCAGCCGUUAGGUUGUGCGGCGAUAACGGUCUUCGUGUCGCUAUCCGUUCGUCGCCGAGCCGGGGAUGUGAUCUUCAUGGUGUCGUGUUGGAAAUCUUGAGGUUUUAUCUGAGUCACCCCAAUGGAUGCAGAGAGUGAUGUUGCAUUGGACAUUUUAAUCACAAAUGUAGUCUGUGUCUUCCGAACAAGAUGUCAUUUAAACUUGCGAAAGAUUGCAUUAGAGGGAGCAAAUGUAAUAUACAAGCGUGAUGUUGGGAAAGUAUUAAUGAAGCUUAGGAAACCCAGGAUUACAGCAACAAUUUGGUCCUCAGGAAAAGUAAUUUGCACAGGAGCUACAAGUGAAGAAGAAGCUAAAUUUGGUGCCAGACGAUUAGCCCGUAGUCUGCAGAAACUAGGUUUUCAGGUCAUUUUUACAGAUUUUAAAGUUGUCAAUGUUUUAGCAGUAUGCAACAUGCCGUUUGAAAUCAGAUUGCCAGAAUUCACAAAAAACAACAGACCCCAUGCUAGUUAUGAACCGGAGCUUCAUCCUGCGGUGUGCUACAGAAUAAAAUCUCUCAGAGCUACUUUACAGAUUUUUUCAACAGGAAGUAUCACAGUUACAGGGCCAAAUGUAAAGGCUGUCGCCACUGCAGUGGAACAAAUCUAUCCAUUUGUGUUUGAAAGCAGGAAAGAAAUGUUAUAAUUUGCCACUUCAUGGUUAGGUGACCUAACCAAGCACCUUUUAUAAGACUGCUGCAGAUCGGACUAGAAGCAAAAAAGAAGGUUGGGGGGAAAAGGACAACUGGACCAACACAGCUGAGGAGGUGCAAACUCUUGGCCACAGUGAUAAACUCCAGUCCCUUUUGGAUAUUACCCGGAACAGUGCUGUAUUGUAAAAACAAACGUUUACAAGAUAAGAAAUUGCUGCUUUUUACAAGACAUUCUAUUUAUUUCUGCAGUAAUUUCUGUGUGUUCGUAAGCAGAAUUGUCAUGAUAUGCACUAACUUUGGAAACACUUCUUUAGGUUGAGCUUGUGUUUUUAUUUGUGAAUAGCCUUUACAUUUUUGUAUGCUGACUGUUGGGCACCAAAGAAGCUGUAGACGUUACCUUUUUCACCUGAUAAAUGUGCACAAAUAAAAGUUUGCAAAACUUUUCUUCA